AUGUCUCACCCAGGUCUGCUCGGCGUCGAGGCCUACGAGCUCCCACCACACUCCUCCCACUCCAACCACUCCGACACACCAAUCCUCGAUGACACGGAAGAGAAAUCCUCAAGCUUCAACAAGCACAUUCAUCUGAGCUUCCACCAGCGACUCCGCCAUUUCACUUGGGCAUGGUACACCCUAACAAUGAGCACAGGCGGCCUAGCCCUCCUCAUAGCCACACAACCCAACCGCUUCAAAGGCCUCGACGAAAUCGGAAUAGCAAUCUACCUAUUCAACCUCAUCCUCUUCGCCCUAGUCUGCUCUCUAAUGGCAGCCCGUUUCUUCAUCCACGGCGGCUUCGUCCAAUCUCUCAAACACGACCGCGAAGGCCUCUUCUUCCCAACCUUCUGGCUAUCCAUCGCAACAAUAAUCACCGGACUAGAAAAAUACUUCGGCGACGACCCAGCUCCCUCCUUCUCCACAACCCUAGAAGUCCUCUUCUGGCUCUACUGCGUCUGCACCUUCGCCGUCGCAACACUCCAAUACAGCUUCCUCUUCACCUCACACAAAUACCCUCUCCAAACAAUGAUGCCCUCCUGGGUCCUCCCCGCCUUCCCCAUAAUGCUAAGCGGAACAAUCGCCUCCGUCAUCGCAGAGCGCCAACCCGCCCGCUCCGCCAUCCCCGUCGUAACAGCCGGCAUGACCUUCCAAGGCCUAGGCUUCUGCCUCAGCUUCAUGAUGUACGCUCACUACAUCGGCCGCCUAAUGGAAUCCGGUCUUCCAAACCGCGAACACAGACCCGGGAUGUUCAUCUGCGUCGGACCACCAGCCUUCACAGCACUCGCGCUAGUCGGCAUGGCGCGCGGCUUACCAGCUACAUUCAGCGUAAUGGGAAGCGUGGACACAGCCGAGGACGGACGAACAUUGGAAGUUUUGGCUCUGGCUGCCGGGUCGUUCCUUUGGGCGUUGAGUUUGUGGUUUUUCUGCAUCGCGCUUAUUGCGGUUGUUAGGUCGCCGCCGACUGGGUUUCAUCUUUCUUGGUGGGCGAUGGUUUUUCCUAAUACGGGUUUCACGAUUGCGACUAUUACGCUUGGGAAUUCUUUUGAGAGUAAGGGGAUUCAGGGAUUUGGGUCUGCGAUGUCGAUUUGCAUUAUUGUUAUGUGGAUCUUUGUUUUUGUUAGUCAUGUGAGGGCUGUUGUUAAGCAGGAUAUUAUGUAUCCUGGUAAGGAUGAGGAUGUUUCUGAGUGA